UUAUUAUUGCUGCAGAUGUUGUUUAAAUUUGUUAAAUAAUAAUUUAAGUAUGUAUUUACAAAACAGUGGUCGUUACAGGCCUGAGAAAGUUGAGAAGAAAGAACAACCUAAAAGCAAUAAUGUUCCUGGUCCAAGAGAAGAGACUUCAGAAUUCCGAUUGAAAUUAGCAUUGGAGAAUGAUUUUAUUGAUGGGAAAUAUGGAUUUGAGAGAGUCAAAGACCAUUUGGAAAGAAUUGGAUUUUUACUCAACAUGCAUGCAUCUGAAAUAUUGGAUGAGAACAAAAGAUUAAUAGCUGCUGUUGACUAUUAUUUUAUGCAAGAAGAUGGCACAAGGUUCAAAGUGUCUUACCCUUUUAUGCCUUACUUUUAUAUAUUACCAAGGAAGGGCUGUGUGCAGGAGGUUUCACAGUUUCUAAGAAAAAAAUAUACAUCAGUUGUUAUAGAUCAAGUCAGCAAAGAUGACUUGGAUUUGGCAAAUCAUCUAAUCGGAUUGAAACAACAUUACUUGAAGUUAUCCUUUUUCAAUCAAACUGAUUUAAUUAAAGUGAGAAGAGAAAUAGUUUCUGUUGUGCGAAAAAAUAAGGAACGCGAGAAAGCUAACACUUAUUAUACGGAAAUGCUUACAAACGCUCUUACAAGCAAUCUCAAUGAACAUAGCAGAAAGUCCAAUGCAGAUCAUUUAGAAAAUAUUUUAGAUAUUAGGGAGUAUGAUGUACCAUACCAUGUUCGAGUGUCUAUUGAUUUGAAAAUAUUUUGUGGUUCUUGGUAUAAAGUAAAAGGCAGUGGUAAUGAUGAAGACCCACCAACAAUUACACUUUUCAAAGAGCUUAUUGAAAGGCCUGAACCAAUUGUUUUUGCCUUUGACAUUGAAACAACAAAACUGCCUUUAAAAUUUCCUGACUCUAAUACUGAUCAGAUUAUGAUGAUUUCAUACAUGAUUGAUGCACAAGGAUAUCUAAUAACGAAUCGCGAAAUUUUAUCAAAAGACAUUGAAGAUUUCGAGUAUACUCCGAGACCAGAGUUUGAGGGACAAUUUGAAAUAUUUAACGAGAAAAAUGAGAUGGAUUUAUUGAGAAAAUUUUUCGAUCACAUUAUGGACGUGAGACCACACAUUUUCGUCACCUACAACGGAGACUUCUUCGAUUGGCCUUUCGUGGAGGCACGAGCCGCUUUCUACGAUAUGGAUAUGAAACAGGAGAUAGGGUUCUACAAGAAUAAAGAGGGCGUGUAUACGAGUCGUCCUGCAAUGCACAUGGAUUGCUUUUGUUGGGUAAAAAGAGAUUCAUAUUUGCCAGUUGGUUCUCACGGCUUGAAAGCCGUGGCUAAAGCUAAAUUGCGAUAUGAUCCAGUCGAAUUAGAUCCUGAAGAGAUGUGCCCUUUGGCCGCAUCAAAUCCGCAAGUUCUCUCAAAUUAUUCCGUUUCGGAUGCUGUUGCCACCUAUUACCUCUAUAUGCAAUAUGUGCAUCCUUUCAUUUUCGCCUUAUGCACAAUCAUUCCUUGCGAACCGGACGAGGUUCUUCGGAAAGGUUCGGGAACUUUGUGCGAAGCCCUUUUGAUGGUCGAAGCCUUCCACGCAAAUAUUGUGUUUCCAAAUAAACAAGAAACUGAGUUAAACAAGUUAACUGAUGAUGGUCACGUAUUGCACCAGGAGACUUACGUCGGGGGUCACGUGGAAGCUUUGGAAUCGGGAGUUUUCAGAGCGGAUAUUCCGUGCAGAUUUAGAUUGGUCCCUGAUGCUAUCGAUAAACUCAUUGAGCAAAUCCCGAAGACCUUGGCACAUGCUAUAGAAAUUGAAGAGGGCGUUCCUUUGGAUAACGUUCUGAAUUUGGAGGAAGUAACCGAAGAGAUUAAGUCUAAAUUGACCGGACUGAAAGAGCAACCGAUGCGAUUGGAGAGACCUUUGAUUUACCAUUUGGACGUCGGUGCUAUGUAUCCUAACAUCAUCUUAACCAACCGGCUACAACCUUGCGCCAUGGUCAACGAAACGAUUUGCGCUGCUUGCGAUUUCAACGGCCCGAAUGCGGAAUGCCAAAGAAAUAUGGCCUGGAUGUGGAGAGCAGAAUACAUGCCGGCAUCAAGGAACGAAUAUCACAGGAUUCAACAACAGUUGGAAACAGAAAAGUUUCCUCCGCAAUUUCCGGGCGGACCUAUGCGGGCGUUUCACCAAUUGAGCAAAGUGGACCAGGCUGAUUUAGAAAAGAAACGUUUGACGGUGUAUUGCAGGAAAGCAUAUAAAAAAGCGAAAAUCACGCGAAUCGAGGAAAGGAACACAACUAUUUGCCAAAAGGAAAACUCAUUUUACGUCGAUACAGUGAAGGCUUUCCGCGAUAGAAGGUACGAAUAUAAAGCUAUGUCUAAGAAGGCUAAGCAGAAGGUUGUUGAUGCAAUCAAAGGCGGCGAUGCAACGGAAAUAAAGUCGGCAAAAAGCCGAGAAGUGCUGUACGAUUCUUUGCAAUUAGCUCAUAAAUGUAUCCUGAAUUCCUUCUAUGGCUACGUAAUGAGAAAAGGUGCUCGCUGGCACAGUAUGGAGAUGGCUGGAAUUGUAUGCUAUACUGGAGCUAAUAUUAUUAUGAGAGCUCGUGAGAUUAUCGAACAAGUUGGAAGGCCUUUGGAAUUGGACACCGAUGGUAUUUGGUGUAUUUUACCUGCAUCAUUUCCUGAAAACGUAACGAUCCACACUAUUCACGCCACCAAGAAAAAACUGAAUAUCUCGUACCCAAACACCGUUCUCAACGCCAUGGUCAAAGAUUAUUUCACUAAUGACCAAUACUUCGAUUUAAUCGACGCCGAUAAACUGGAGUACGAGAAGCGCAGCGAAAAUUCAAUCUUCUUCGAAGUCGACGGUCCGUAUAAAGCUAUGGUUUUACCAGCUUCGAAAGAAGAAGGCAAAAAGUUGAAGAAACGAUACGCCGUUUUCAAUUUCGACGGAUCUCUGGCUGAAUUAAAAGGUUUUGAAGUCAAGCGGAGAGGUGAACUGCAGCUGAUUAAAAACUUUCAAUCUUCGGUUUUCGAAGCCUUCCUUAAAGGAAAUUCGCUGGAAUCGUGCUACGCCGCCGUGGCCCAAGUAGCUGAUUAUUGGUUGGACGUGUUAUUCUCGCAAGGUCGCAAUAUGCCCGAUUCCGAACUUUUCGAUCUAAUUUCGGAAAAUAAAUCUAUGUCUAGGAAGUUGGAGGAUUACGGUGAACAAAAAAGUACUUCCAUCAGCACAGCUAAAAGAUUGGCUGAAUUUUUGGGAGAUCAGAUGGUGAAGGAUGCAGGUUUAGCUUGCAAAUAUGUUAUAUCCAAGAAACCGGACGGAGCUCCGGUAACGGAACGCGCUAUUCCACUGGCGAUUUUCCAAGCUGAAGAAGCAGUUCAGAAGCAUUUCUUGCGAAAAUGGCUGAAAGACAGUACCAUUGACGUUAUUGAUAUUAGAGAUGUUUUGGAUUGGAAUUAUUAUAUUGAACGUUUGGGUGGCGCCAUACAGAAAAUCAUCACCAUUCCAGCAGCCAUGCAAGGCGUUUCAAACCCCGUGCCUAGGGUGAGACAUCCCGAUUGGUUACAUAAGAAAGUAUUGGAGAAGAACGAUAAUUUCAAGCAAAGAAGAAUUGAUGACAUGUUCUCCGCCAUGCCGAAACGUACUUGUCCUGAAAUCUCUACGGAUAUUGAAGAUACCUGUAGUAAACGACCAUCAAUUUCCGGUUUUAACAAAAAAACUGCUGUGGUCACAAAGAGGAAAAGGUCGGCGAACGAGUUCGAAGAUAUUGAUUUAGCAAAAAGUUGGAAAGAUGUGCUUGGAAAUCCACCACCCUAUGGAACAACUAAAGAGGAACAUUUGGUUUGGUUAAUGUUCCACAAGAAAAAGUGGAAAUACCAAGCGUUGCAGAGAUCCAACGGCGAGAACAGCAAAAAACGUGCAAAAAUUGGAAAUUCCGCUGUUAUUCGAACUGGAGCGAGUGGAACGUUGGGUGGAUUCUUGCAGAAAGCUCAACGCAGUUUGAUGAUAAAUAAUUGGCAGAUUGUGCAAGUUGCUCCAACUUCCACACCUGGGGAAUAUAGACUUUGGGCUUUAGUGAGUUCGGAGUUGCAUCAGAUUAAAUUGAUCGUUCCUAGGAAGUUCUACGCUAAUUUGCGAACGCCAAAAGUAGCGGACGAAGGAGCUUUAUUCAAAAAGUGUAAUAGGACUUUACCCAGAUCAAGACCUGUUCAUAAUUUGUAUUUGUACUCGGUACCUGAAGAACUAUUUCAAGAACACGGAAAGAAAGUAUAUUUGGACCAGACGGAUCCAAAUGUUGAGGGCGUGUACGAAACCCAAGUACCGCCCAUAUUUAGAGCGUUGGUUCAGAUAGGCUGUGUAUGUAAAGUUGUCCGAGGUUUAAAUAACACUACUGAUACAUUUGAAUUGGAUGAUCUUGAUAUUGGAAGCGUAGCUAGACAACCUUACCUUCCGAAAGACUCAAUUCGACAUAUUUUCUUGUACCAGCAUCGCGCGAAUUCCGGACCAAGGCAGAUGUUCGGACUAUUCUUGACGCCUCUCCGAAAAGCGAUGAUUGUAGUCGUGGAUUCAGUGCGAACUAAUUUAAUGCCAAAUAUGCAGAAUCUCUACCAAGCGGAGAGAAUAGUCAAGGCGGAACGAAAUCCAGAUGAAGAUUUGUUACCGCCGGAUGGCAUAUUUUUCGAGAUUCGCAUUGAGACGGAUUUGAAUCAGGUGUACAAGAUCCUCCAGAAAACCUUGCAGUCUUAUAAAGAUGAAAAGAAGGGACCAACUUUGUUGGCUUUGCAGACUGUGGAUGAUUUAUCAAUGCUUCAAUCGCAUAUGCCUGGUUUCUUAGAGUUUCCAACAACACAGAUGCACGUACAAGACGUUGAGGAUUUGUACAAUAACCUGGAAUGGCAGAAGGUCGGCGCCAGGGCUAUGGUGAGGCAUUAUUUGAACAGUGAGAGGGUAUUGGAAUUAAUGGCUGAGCAGUGCCGAUAUUUCCACUUACCAUUGGGUAAUAUGCCUCCAGAUCCUGCCUUGUUCGGAUCUGAUUUGUUCUUUGCUCGACAUUUGCUCAAACAGAAUCACGUGAUGUGGUGUUCACCAUUGGACCGUCCAGAUUUGGGCGGUAGCCAAGAGAACAACGCCCGCUUAUUGGCAGAGAGUCAGGAGGGCUCCAGCGAAGUAUGCAAUAAUGCGGGAUGGUAUUCCAGCAUCUGUAUCGAAUUGGAUAUAGACAGUUUAGCAAUAAAUACGUUGUUGCAAUCGCAUCAUGUCACUGAUAUUGAAGGAACCAGCGCUGCUACCGCAUUCGACGCAGCUAACGUUACCUCUGUGGAUGACCUAGUGGGCGGAAACAACACGUUGACAACUUAUGAUGAAACUGCGAGAUGCGCGGAAGCUUUCAAGAUCCUUAGAUCCAUGGCCAGCGCUUGGAUGCGAGACAUCUCUCUAUACAGAAACGUAUUCGCCGAUUUCCAAGUGGUUCAUUUUUAUAGAUGGCUCCGAUCGCCUAAAGCUCUUUUCCAUGAUCCGGCUUUACUAAGAACGCUUCAAAAUCUGAUGAAAAAGUUGUUCAUGCAAUUGGUUGCAGAGUUUAAACGUUUGGGUUGUACGAUUGUGUACGCAAACUUUAACAAAAUUAUAAUUUGCUCCAAGAAGCGAAAUGUAACGGAUGCCAUUGCCAAUAUCGAAUUUGUCGUUGCUUCCAUCAGAAACAAAGAAUUGUUCCAUUCACUGGAAAUAACGUAUCGUCAAUGCUGGGAACAAUUAGUUUGGUUGGAUACUGCGAAUUACGCAGGAAUUCAAGGAAAGUUACCGCAGGACGCCGAGGAUGAAAAUAAUCGGAAAAAUCAAGAUGAAAAUGACGAUUUGGUUGAUCGCGACGAAGAGGAGACGGUGGUCCCAGAAGAAGACGACGGGCCGGUCGUUGUAAUGAACUGGAAUUUGGCAGAUCAAUUACCUGAGGCUUCCGGGUGCCGAAGCAGCUUCAACGCCGUUAUUGCCGGUUACAUAAACGCAAUUUACCUGAAGCUGAAAGAGAUGGAAGGUUCGACGCCGAUUGUGGCUUUAAGUCAACCGAAUGUGGGACUGGCUGCCCACGAAAUGGUUGCGGCAUUCGCCAAAGAAGUUAUAAAUGGAGAAAUCGCGCAGAACUUGUUCCAAAUCACGGAAAGAAUCCACAGCAAAUUACAGAAAAAUUCCUCGUCCAUGCCAGCCUUGGACUUUGUGAAAUCUAUCUGCCACGUUUUAUCACUGGAUCACGCUGUUAAAGAUGCAGUGGAUCAUCUAAAAAGCAAUCUCUUGCGAUUAAUAGGUGUAGGAGAGUUUUCCGAAAAAGCGACGUGGACUGAUCCGACCGUCUCUUACAUAAUACCGCAGUUGAUCUGCAAGGCGUGCAACCACUGCAGAGACGUGGACCUGGGGAGAGAUAAUCAUAGGUCCGAGCACGCCUGGCUCUGUCCGUUGUGUAACUCGCCGUACGAUAACGCGGAAAUCGAGAGCCUCCUGCUGGAUACGAUCAGUAGAAAAUUCAUUGCGUACAAUUUACAGGAUCUGCAGUGUAAGAAAUGCGUCCAGAUCAAGAUGGAAAAUCUGAUCAAACAUUGCCAAUGCGCGGGCGAAUUCCGAGGAAUUCUGUCCAAGAAAGAUCUGAUCGAUUUAUUAAAUACGUUCCAGCAUUUAGCAGAUACGUUCAAUAUGCCAGCUCUUUUCGAAACAAUCAAUGAUACGCUAUUUUUAAUAAGAUGAUCAGGAAUGCACAAAAUAUAGUUUAUUUUUAUAAUAAA